AAAAUAUGGGCCAGGUCAGGCUGGUUUCUGAUAAGCCUUGGAUAGGGUUUGGUGCGGGGUUCGAAUCUCUCGCUCGCCUCACCCUUCCCUUUCCCUUUCCCUUCCUCUCCCUCCUCAAUUCGUCAUCCUUUCAACUUCGUAGAUCGAUCACUUCGAAGAGGAGGAGAUGCGUCUCACUCUCGAAUUCGGUGGUGGCCUCGAGCUUCUUUGCAACUCUAUCAAGAUCCAUCACGUCGAUGUCAGCCCCAAAACUGGAGAAGAUACGUUAUCAAUGCGGGACCUGCUGCCCUGGAUCGAGUCCAAUUUGAUCAAGGAAAGGCCGGAGAUGUUCGUGAAAGGAGAUUGUGUGAGACCAGGCGUUCUAGUCCUUAUAAAUGACUGUGACUGGGAACUAUGUGGUAGUCUCGAUGCGGUGCUGGAAGAGAAGGAUGUGGUAGUUUUUAUAUCUACCCUGCAUGGUGGGUAGUAUCUACUUGAAGAGCGUGCCUAUUAGUAAUACUUAUGUAGCUGAGUUAUGACAAGGUUGGGAGCAUUUCACAGCACUAUUGUACUGGAUUGAACAUUUAAUAGAGAUACCAAAAUUUGGGAUUAAUGUGUUUGUCCAUCAUAACUACUUGUUUUUAUUCAAAUCCUAUUCGUAUAGAUGAGUGCAUAGAUUUUUGUUCCA